AUUUUCAUUCAUGAAGGCUUUGGAAUAUUUGUGAAUUUAUAAAAUAGAAUUUGUCUGGGGUUUCGAGUCUUCAAUCGUAAACUAACGUUUAGUAAAACAAAAAAUUAAAAUGGCCACUACACUGGAAGAUAAAUCAAUCUGGGAAGAUGGAGAGGAAGCGCUCAGUGAAGAGGUGCUUCGUAUGCCAACAGAUGAAAUAAUCAGCCGCACCAGACUUUUAGACAACGAAAUAAAGAUCAUGAAGAGUGAAGUUAUGAGGAUAACACACGAGCUACAGGCUCAGAAUGAAAAAAUCAAGGAAAACACAGAAAAAAUUAAGGUCAACAAAACAUUGCCUUAUCUUGUUUCCAAUGUGAUUGAAUUGCUGGAUGUAGAUCCUCAAGAAGAAGAGGAAGAUGGUGCUGUAGUAGAUUUGGAUUCACAGCGGAAAGGAAAGUGCGCAGUCAUCAAAACGUCAACACGCCAGACUUACUUUUUGCCAGUCAUUGGCUUGGUAGAUGCAGAGAAACUAAAGCCAGGUGACUUGGUAGGCGUCAAUAAAGACUCCUAUUUAAUUCUGGAAACACUGCCAGCUGAAUAUGACGCGAGAGUUAAAGCUAUGGAAGUGGAUGAACGUCCAACAGAACAAUAUUCAGAUAUUGGUGGUCUUGACAAACAAAUUCAGGAACUUAUAGAGGCAGUGGUGCUUCCAAUGACACACAAAGAAAAGUUUGUGAAUCUCGGCAUCCACCCCCCUAAAGGUGUGUUGUUAUAUGGACCACCGGGAACAGGAAAAACCUUGCUGGCCAGAGCUUGUGCUGCACAGACCAAGUCCACUUUCCUGAAGCUGGCAGGACCACAACUGGUACAGAUGUUUAUAGCAAAAGAGAAAGCACCAGCUAUAAUCUUCAUUGAUGAGCUGGAUGCUAUCGGUACAAAACGGUUCGACUCUGAGAAAGCAGGAGACCGAGAGGUGCAGCGUACUAUGUUGGAACUCCUUAACCAGCUUGAUGGUUUCAGUUCUACUGCAGAUAUUAAGGUGAUUGCUGCCACAAAUCGUGUAGAUAUCUUGGACCCUGCACUGCUGAGAUCUGGACGUCUGGACAGGAAGAUAGAGUUCCCACAUCCAAAUGAGGAAGCUCGAGCUCGGAUCAUGCAGAUCCACUCAAGGAAAAUGAACGUGAGCCCCGACGUUAAUUUCGAAGAGUUGUCCCGUUCCACGGACGAUUUCAACGGUGCCCAGUGCAAAGCGGUUUGCGUUGAAGCCGGUAUGAUAGCUCUGAGGCGAUCCGCGUCUGCAGUCACGCAUGAAGACUUCAUGGACGCCAUCUUGGAAGUGCAGGCAAAGAAGAAGGCCAACCUCAGCUACUACGCCUAGUUGUCAUAUUAUUUACAUUGUCAUACUUCACAUUUUAAUAAACAGUUUUCACAUCACUGAAUUUUAUAUUACAAUAAAAUCUUAUUACUGAAAGACUGAAAUAGAGAAAUCCACAGCCAUAA